GCCUUAUCAAAUCCUCUGCGACAGUCUCCAAGCUCGAGACAAUGGUAGCCAUUGCUUGUUGUUUCAGUGGUCUCCCCACGCCAUCAAUAAGACCUCAAGGACUCGUUGGGCAUUUCCCAAAUCUUCAUUGCCCCUCUCUCAAGUUUGCCCAUUUGAGAACCAACUUCAAUACACCCAUGGCGACAACCCCCUUCCAAGUCUCUGCAUCAUCAUCAUCAUCCACCAUUGGUGCACCAGAUGAAGAAAAGGAGGUAGCCUCUUCUGGGAGGGUGGGAGCCAAUGACCUGCUGAUUGUGGGGCCAGGAGUUCUCGGGCGCUUAGUGGCACAAAAAUGGCGGGAGGAGCAUCCUGGGUGUGAAAUACAUGGGCAAACAAUGACAGUUGAUCACCAUGAGGAGUUGAGUAAGGUGGGUAUUAAUCCAUGUUUGAAGGGGACCAAAACCACCCACAAGUUUCCUUAUGUAAUCUUUUGUGCUCCACCAUCAAGAACCUCGGAUUAUCCUGGUGAUGUUAGACUGGCUGCAUUGAACUGGAAUGGUGAAGGUUCUUUUUUAUUUACUUCAAGCUCUGCACCAUAUGAUUGCAACGACAAUGGUCCAUGUGAUGAGGACACCCCAGCAGUGCCAAUAGGGAGGAGCCCCAGGACUGAUGUCCUUCUUAAAGCAGAAAAAGUAGUGCUGGAGUUUGGGGGUGUUGUUCUUAGAUUGGCGGGGCUUUACAAAUCAGAUAGAGGUGCACAUGUUUAUUGGUUACACAAGGGGAUCGUAGAAACUCGUCCAGAUCACGUCCUAAAUCUUAUACAUUAUGAGGAUGCGGCUUCCCUCUCUGUUGCAAUCUUGAAGAAGAGAUUACGUAACAGGAUCCUCUUGGGUUGUGACAAUCAUCCAUUGUCCAGGCAAGAAGUAAUGGACUUGGUUACUAAAAGUGGGAAAUUUUCAGGAGUGUUUGAGGCUUUUACAGGAACUACUGAUCCUUUGGGCAAGAGAUUAAACAACUCAAAAACUCGUGAAGAAAUAGGGUGGGAACCAAAAUACCCCAGUUUCUCUCAAUUCCUUGAGAGUAUUUGAAUUACGACUAGCAUCUAUCUGCAUUGUUGGGAUUGGAUUUAGUGGUGGGAAGUAUUGGUUUAAGUUGAGCCAAGUAAUGUUUGCCAUGGAGCUGCUCAAGGUCUUACAUUUGGAAAUACCAGCUGCAGUGGGCUCGCUUCUGUAGAGAACUGACAAUUCUUAACCUCCUCAGUCAGAAUUAUCUGGCCAUUGAAGCUCUGCGGCAAUGUCGAACAUUGGACUUCAUGUGUCUCUGUACAGGGAGCUGAUAUAUAUAUAAUUGGUCCCAAAUUCAAUGUAGGACCUGACCAUAUAAAUCUCUCAAAUGUAUGAACAUUUUCGUAAGUCUUUCUGCUACAUAAGAUGUAUUCUGUAUGCUUAUGUUGCUACCCACAAACUAUGUUUCUUCUUGAUUGAUUUACGGUCCAUUGCGAUUUGACUCAGAUUUUUAGUGAGUAAAAGAUUGAUAAUGCAAGUUGAUUAUGUUAAUAAACCGUAAAUAA